GAAAAUAUUUACUUAUAUUACUAAUAGUCGGUUUGUCUUAAUACUAUAUUAAGGCAGCGAAAAGCUGAGGAAAAGUCUUUAUUUUUGCUAGAAAUUGUGCUCAUUUCUUUGGUUGCCAGAUGAACAACAACUUGACGUGGAAAGAAGACCUGGCGACUGAGUUGUCAAACCGAGCUUCAAGCCUUGUCAUUGUCGAGAGUUCUUUAAUGGUUUUGAUCAAUCUCAUAUCUGCUGUUGGCAACAUAACAUUAUGUUACGUGAUCUACAAGACUCCUUCUCUACAGACCAGAACCAACACGUAUAUCAUUGCCCUAGCUGUAUCUGAUACACUGAUGGCGCUGAUGGUGAUGCCAUUGACUGUUGGAGUGCUGAUUCAUGAUACUUCUGUGUUGUUCGUCCUUCCUUGUACCCUAAACUGUUCGGCAAGAAACGUUCCCUAGCGAUGAUGAUYGGUAUUUGGGUAGUAGCCCUCGUAACAGCCAUGGUGCC